AGAGAACGAUUUUAAUUAGUAUCAAAUUGAAAACCGAAGUGAUCAGAUGGCUUAUAAAGAGCGGAACUUUUUCCUACUGUCGCUGAUCCUCAGCACUUUAGCAGGAUUAUUCUUAGGAGCAGAUGCGGCGCAGAUCACCUUCGGUACCUGUACGCCUCCACAAAGUGAGGAGCGGGGGCAGUGCGUCCACAUCACCGACUGCCCCUUUCUGGCCAACUUGCUCGCGUCGGGAACAAAGGAUCCCGCCCAGCGAACGCUGCUCAGCAAGAGUCAGUGCGGCUUGGAUAACCGGGUUGAGGGUCUAAUGAACCGCAUCCUGGUCUGCUGUCCCCACAGCGAGCAAAAGGACAAGGAGGAGCCCAGGACCACGGAAGUGGAGGGCCAGCAACCGGGAAACCUUCUGCCCGGCAGCGAUGUUUGCGGCUUCCUUUUCGCCGAUCGCAUCUUCGGUGGAACCAAUACGAGCCUCUGGGAAUAUCCGUGGAUGGUUUUGUUGCGCUACAAAAAACUGUUUCCCGAAUCCUAUAUGUUCGGUUGCGGCGGCGCCCUGCUUAAUUCCCGCUACGUCCUGACCGCAGGACACUGCGUGUCGAGUCGCGACCUGGAAAAAUCCGGCGCCACCCUUAACAGCGUUCGCCUCGGUGAGUGGGACACCCGCACCGAUCCCGACUGCGCCGUCCAGAUGAACGGGAAGCGCAUCUGUGCUCCGAAUCACAUCGACAUCGAGGUGGAGAAGCACAUUAUUCAUGAGCAGUACACUCCGAAUUCCGUGGACCAGAGGAACGACAUUGCCCUGCUGCGUCUCAAGCAGAGUGUCACCUACACUGACUAUGUGCGUCCCAUUUGCCUGCCCACUGGUGACCUGGUGCGCAACAACUUCGUCGGUUACGGCAUGGAUGUGGCCGGUUGGGGUCUUACCGAGAACUUGGUCAACAGUCCGACCAAGCUAAAGCUCACCGUCAACGUGUGGAACCUGACGAGCUGCCAGGAAAAGUACUCCACAUUCAAGGUGAAGCUGGACGACACCCAGAUCUGUGCCGGCGGCCUGUUUGGAUAUGAUACCUGCGGCGGUGAUUCCGGUGGUCCUCUGAUGGUUGGCAAUACAUCCGGAGGUCGGGAGGUCUUCUACAUUGCCGGAGUCACCUCCUAUGGCACAAAACCAUGUGGCCUUAAGGGUUGGCCAGGUGUUUACACCCGUACCGGUGCCUUCAUCGAGUGGAUACAGCAGAAAUUGGAGGCAUAAUAAAUAAAAUUGGUAAUUUAUUCACA